CCGUCGCGCCACCGCUGCCGCCUCUGCUGUUCGGGCACCGCCACCGUACCAAGGUUCUCGAUUUGUUGUAGUUUUGAAAAUGGGUGACGACCGUAAGGCGAUGUAUGAUGGAUGGAGUCGAACUGGCGAGCAUACUAUGGAAUGGGCUCGUAUCGCAAAUGCUUUCAUGACCCAAGCCUUUGCCAGUGGUUGUACUGUUGCGAAGUGCCCGUGUAAGAAUUGCAAGAAUCGUCUACGUCAGUAUAGACAUGAAAUACAGGUUCACCUUUGCAAGGACGGAUUUAUGCCUGAGUACCUGGUGUGGCACGAGCAUGGGGAGCUGGAGCAUGCCAGUGAGUCAGACGGAAACGAUGAUGAAGAUCGGAUGGAUGAGAUGAUAGCGGAUGUUGGUAGGGAGUACGAAAAGGAGUCACCGCCGGAGGAGGUACAGAAGUUUUUCAGGCUUCUUGCCGCCUCAGAUGAAAAAGUGCAUGAAGGUACCAAUGUGACCGUUCUGCAGGCGGUGACACGCCUUAUGGCGAUGAAGUCCAAGUACAAUUUCGCGAACAAUUGCUACAAUGGUAUCUUGAAGCUGAUCAUUGAUCUCCUUCCCUCAAAUCAUAAGAUGCCGAAAGACCUAUACCAAUCUAAGAAGAUUUUGGCCGGUCUGGGCAUGAAUUAUGAGAAGAUUGAUGCGUGCGAAAAUAAUUGCAUGCUAUUUUGGAAGGAACACGAGAACGAUACUCAUUGUAUGCAUUGCAAUGCGUCCAGAUAUGUGGAGGUCGUGAGUGAUGAUGGAGAGAAAGUAACUACAAAAGUAUCGGUCAAACAACUUCGGUACAUGCCUAUCACGCCAAGGCUUAAACGGUUGUAUCUGUCCCAAGAAACAGCAAAGCAGAUGAGGUGGCAUUCCGAAGGUAAACGUGAGAGCGAGGACAAAGAUAUUAUGGUGCAUCCUUCAGAUGGCGCAGCUUGGCAAGCUCUGGACCGUUUUGAUCCGGAGUUUGCAAAAGACUCCAGAAAUGUUCGUCUUGGGUUGUCAACAGAUGGUUUCACUCCUUUCAGCACCAGCAAUAGCCCUUAUUCUUGUUGGCCUGUUUUUAUCAUGCCCUACAAUCUGCCUCCCAACAUGUGCAUGAAAGAAGGAUAUAUAUUCCUCGCGGCCAUCAUUCCUGGUCAUAAACAUCCGGGGAAGAAAAUCAAUGUGUUUAUGCAGUCAUUGAUUGAAGAGUUGAAAGAGCUGUGGCAAGGGACACGGAUGCGAUCUGGCUGA